GGAGCGCAUGUCAGUCGGUCUUGGACUUUCAGUGAGAGAAGUUGUGUUUCUGUGCGAGUUUUGCGAUCAUUUCCAUCGUGUAUUGUUUGUUUUCACACCAAAAAGGAGUUAAUUGAAGCUCCAAACGUGCUAACACGGAUCAUGUGAAAGAGUUUAGUAGGAAAAAAAUCAUUCAAGUGCAAGAGAGUGCAAAGAAAAGCUGUAGAGAGAAAUAUUAUUUGAGAGAAAAACCUUUGCCGGACGUUUCUUGCAUUUGUGGACCACAAAGGGAAUAAAAGAUCGCUGAAGAAGCUGGACGAGAUUUUUUAAAAGCGACGGAGGUGAAGGAGGUUUUUGCUCUCAUUGGUGGCAAGAGGUGAGACAAUGAGAUGGUUCAAGAAGUCCACGAGUGAAACACCGCGUCUGCUGAGCUUGUCACCGCUGAGGAAUAGAGAUCAUGCUGGGAAUUCAGUUGCGAAUGAAAGUGAUGGGAUUGAAACGACAAAAUUCAAGAGAUUGACCUCAUCCACUGAAUAUUUUGCACCAGCAAAUGAUCAAUCGCACACUGCAGCAAUCAUCGAUGGCACAAGGAAGUCACGAAUCGAUCUCCUCGCGUCGUCAGCAAGUAAGACCACACCGAAUAAUUAUAGUGUGCAAGAGCAGAAAAUAGUUGAGACAACACCGUCAAAUGGGCGCCGUAUGGGGCGCUUUAUAUCACCAAAUAGACUGAAGAAUAAGCAUGCGACGGCAAUGGGUUCAGGGAGGAAAGUCACACCGACAAAGAGGAAUGAGAUGACAUUCAGGGAAAAGAGGAAUCCGCUGCCAAGUACGCGAUUAUCGUGCUACACACCGUCGAAUCAUUGCAAAUCCAUUGAUGACUUCAUCUUCCUAAGUGUCGAUGAUUCAGUGUCUACGUCAUCGGAUAGUGAGUACUCCGGGGAGAUGAGUGCAUGCAUUGGUGCGUACAGAGAUGCUGAGGAAAAGGGUACACCAAAUUCUCGGCAUCAUGCACUAACGGUUGCACGAAAAUCGCAAUUUGCGGUGAAGAGCAUCAAAUCAAAGUCUACGGAAAAUGUCUUCGAUGACACACCGGUGGAAGAAGUGACGAAUGAUGGGAGAGAAUGUUUAAGCAGUAAAAUGAGAAAUGUACAAGAUAAGAAAGUAUUUACACGCUUCUAUCCAAAUAGAAUGGUGCAGCAUGAUGAUGAUGAGGCGGAAAAUGCAACACAUCGAAGGAGUCUCAGUUAUGGGAAUUUGCCGGAAAUUGAUGAAUUCCUCUGCUACCAGGCACUCCAUACAGACUCCAUUAAUAGCUUUGGGGAGAGGAAGAAGAGUGUGGUUGAUCAGGAUGAUUGCGAUUCGGGUAUUUUGGUCAAUGAACUCACAGGGCAGUCGUCGAUUGUGAGUGAAGUGGAGGAGAGUCCAGAACCGCCGAAACUUCCCGUUCGAAUGGCAUCAGAUGAGAAACGGCACUUUAAAUACGUACAACUCAGAGCAGAUGCAUCAUCGACCAAUUGCCCGCGGAAUGGCUUUGGCAUACUAAUCUCACAAAUUUCCCCCGAGACACCCACAAAGACCAAUAGAUUCCGCGUGAGGCACAUAAUGCGAGGUAGCCCUGCGGAUAGAGAAGUAAAUAUCCGCGUUGGCGAUGAGUUGAUCAAUAUUCUGGGCUAUAGAUUGCACAAUCUAUCCUUCAAUCAAGUCCAGGAACUUCUUGAUUCACCCUUCAAGCGAGCCACGAGGGAAGCUCAGAUUGAUCUCGUGAUUUGUCGCCAUGAGGCAAGUGACAGAGAUGUGAGGAAGAUUGUGAGUGGGAGAAAAAUUUCACUGGAUUCCCAGCUCGAUGACAGAAACUACACUGAUGAUUACACCUCAAGAGCCAUCAGAAUUGAUGGUUUGGCACAUUUGCAUGUGAACAAAAGUGCCCCAAUGAAGAGGCGAACUCAGCAAUUUCAGAAGAAUGUGACACCAUACUCGAGUAUGUCGUCAAAUCGGGUCAUCCGACGUUCGCUGAGCGGCUCAAAUCAGGGAAGUCAGGUGUCGUCUGAUCAAGUGGCGUCUCCCGAAAUUGCAGCAACAUCAGCUACCGAGGUGAAUGUCCAGAGGAGUUCACUUGCAAAAAGUGCCAUGAACUUGUGCGACGAUCUCGAGGUGGAUGCAAAGGAAAAGGUUGCUGCCGCCCAGAGUGCUACACUCCCCACGCCCAGUAAUAAUUUCUGCACACUGCCACGGCGACCUCGAUCGGGUGUUUUGUCAUUUCACACGGUGUCCUUUGAGAAGGGUCCGGGCAAGAAAUCGCUUGGCUUUACGAUUGUUGGUGGCUCAGACAGCCCAAAGGGGAAAUUGGGGAUCUUCAUAAAGAGCAUCCUGCCCUAUGGGCAAGCGGCAGAUUGUGGUUCCCUAAUGGCGGGAGAUGAGAUUCUCAUGGUGAACGGACAGGUGUGUCACGAUCUCUCACACGAGGAGGCCGUGAAGAUGUUCAAGUCCGUGAAACAGGGCGCAAUUGUCCUGAAUAUUUGUAGGCGCAAUAAAAUUACCAAAGAUCAAAGUUGAUCGCGAUCAGUGAUUGCGUGACGCAAUUUUCUCCUCAAUAUUUUUUCAGCCACACUGGGAUAUGUGAAAUGUAUAGGGGAAAUUUACUACUUUAUUUGAAAUACAAAAUACCGAAAUACAA